GUGCGGCGGGGCUGUCGGUCACUCUAUGACCCCGGCACAGGCCCCUGAGCAGAUCCUGGAGCCCCUGAGCUUCCGGAUGUGGCCUCUGCUAGGAGGCAAAGUCGGAAAGAGCCCGUUGUGGGACCCUGAGAGCUGCGGCCUCGGUUUCCCUGUCAGUGCACGGAAGAGGGUGGUGGGGUCCAGGAGCCCGGACAUCGCUGGCGGGGAUGCUGAGUCCCUGAAGUGGGAAAUGAGGUCCAGGCCAGGGACGUGAUGGCCCCAAAUCGCUAGGAUAGUGGAGGGGCUGGGGACCCAGAAGGUGCACCUUUCAGCCGCCCCGGGCGCCCGCCUCUCACGCCGGCCCUGCGCUCCUCUUCCUCCCUAGCUCGGCGCCAUGGCGUCUCGGGGUCCUCGGAGGAGGCCGCCGCGAAGGCCCGGGACGCUGGUGCGGGGAGAGGCGGCGGAGACCGACUCGGAGCUCUCGGCGUCCUCGUCGGAGGAGGAGGAGCUCUACCUCGGACCCUCGGGCCCGACGCGCGGCCGCCCCACCGGGCUGCGGGUGGCCGGGGAGGCCGCGGAGACGGACUCGGACCCGGAGCCGGAACCGACGGCCGCGCCGAGGGACCUGCCCCCGCUCGUGGUGCAGCGGGAGACGGCCGGGGCGGCGGCCGGGGAGGCCUGGGGGGCGGAGGAGGCCCCGGCGCCCGCCCCGGCGCGCUCGCUGCUGCAGCUCCGACUGGCCGAGAGCCAGGCGCGCCUGGACCACGACGUGGCGGCCGCCGUGAGCGGCGUGUACCGCCGCGCGGGCCGCGACGUGGCCGCCCUGGCCGGCAGGCUGGCGGCCGCCCAGGCGGCUGGGUUGGCGGCCGCCCACAGCGUGCGCCUGGCGCGGGGAGACCUCUGCGCGCUGGCCGAGCGCCUGGACAUCGUGGCCAGCUGCUGCCUGCUGCCUGACAUCCGCGGCGUGCCCGGGACCGAGCCCGAGCAAGACCCAGGACCGCGGGCCUAGCCUUGACCCCAACCCCCGCCUGCCUCUGCGUCCUGGGGGAGGAAGGGGGGCCUGUGACCUGGCUCAUACCCUAUAUAGCCCCCCUCCCGUCUUGCUGUCAUCCUCAGGGCCCGCCCCCCCCCCCCCCCUGGAUAUGUGUGUGUGUGUGGAGGGGUUGGGGGGAGGUAAUGGUGCUUAGUCCCACCAUUUGCAUCUGGUUCCUCCCAGUGGUCCUGGCCCUUCUCCUGAUGCCUAGCCUGUAUGUGAGGCUGGGCUCCAGCCCCUGGAUAACCAGCUGCUCCAUCUUAGGGGCUCACUGUCCGUCCGUGUGUGUGUGUGUCCCUUCCUUGCACUCUGCCUUUCUAAGUUUGGAUUUUGCCCUCGGGAGCUUGAUGCUGCUGCUUCCCAGAGGAGCCCCAGCAUCUAUGGAUAAGGGCUGCCAAUCUCUACAGACACCCACUUCCUCUGCGUUAAGCAUCCUGCAGACUCCCAGCUUCCUGGCACUUUCCUUCACCCUCCUGGCUCUGCCUCCAUUCUAGCUACACUUCUGGAAGUUUGUCCCCCAGGGCUGGACCCUUUUUCUGUUCCCCAGGGCUGGCCCUGGCUCCCUCCUAGGUUAGCCCUUGCUCUGCCAUCUCCCAGCUGCUUCUCCUGGGGCUUAGCUCCGCCCCUUUGGCCUGUUCCAUCACCUGGGUCCGGUUUAACCUUAGGAUUGGUUUUGCUUCAUUUUUGCGUUUCCCAUCCUGCUUACACCCCCUGCCUGGUCCCGGGCUCUGGAAACCCUAUGGUUUGUCAUCAGUCCCAAGAUAGGCCCCUCCUCCCCACUCUGCAGACUCAAGAUGGCGUCUCAUCCAGACCCAGAAGUAGGUGGGUCCCCCGCACUUUGUGCCUGAGCGUGAGAUACAAAACGGGCUUCCUUCCAGGCGGACAGUGGCCCCUCAGGCACCUGGGGUCCAAUACAGACUGCCUGGUCCCUUGGGCGCAGUAUGAUACCACUUUGCAGAUAAGGACCACACACCUGGUAUUAGUUUACUGUUCUGUUCCUUCUUCUGGCCCCAGCCCUAGUCCCUCAGCCCCACUCACAUGUAUGCUCCUCCCCACUCUUUUAUCCCAGCCUAAAACUGAGAUCUGAGUCCCAGGAUGGAGAAGUGUGGGAGAUUAAUGAAUCUAUGGCAGAUGCAUUAAAAGGCAAAACAUUGACUGAAAUGGUCAGUUCCUCUUCCCUCCCCACUUAGGCUGGGGGUGGGUUGAUUAGAAGUUUCUCUGAGCCGAAACCAAAUGGGGGUUCUGAGAGAUCCUUCCUGGCUGGCCUAAUGAAGGUGAAGCUGCAUCUGAAAAUGAGGGCCCCUCAUUUGCCUGUUUCUUGCCUGGUUCUGCAUUUAUUUGUAUUUUGUUAACUUGUAUUUACUGGCCACCUGCCUGUUCUGUGUCUGGUCUGUGCUGGGCACGGGUGCAACCAGUUCAGACUCUCAACUGAGCUCACAGCCCACUGGGAGAGACGGACAUUAAUAAAAUAUUCUUGUAAACAGA